UUGAAAAUGGGUCAAUAUUGGAAAUUGGUCAAUAUUGACAAGCGGAAGGCGCUUGCGCAUGAUUCGGGUUUGAAGCUCUUGGAGAUGCUCGGAGAUCGAGCUCUUGAACCUCUCGUUGGCCUCCUUCGCCGGCCCCAAUGGGUUCCUUACCUUGCACCAUCAUAUGCAAUCCAGUCAUGCAAGCUACAGAGUGUGGAAUCGCCACUUAUUACUCUGCCUCAGGAACUUAUUGAGCAAAUCGUUUCAUUUCUUGUCGAGAACGAGGGGGAUGGAAGUGGAGACUUGAUCUGCCUCUCCCUGAGUUGCUCCUACUUCUUUCGCUUGCUCGGCUCUCGCGUACAAACCCUUCUGGCAGAGGAUGAAGCACCUUGGGCUGGGGAUCGGCUCAUAUUCGUUGGCGACUACGCAAAUGGGAUUCCCGAAGGAAUUGUAACAGAAACAGAGCGUACCCAGUUGCUGGCCGAUGGGCGCAAUCCUCUCUACUAUUCUAUUGAGCAAGAAUUUGCCGAGAAAGAUGCGAUUUUUGAACAGAGUUGGUACGACUCGGACGAGAUUGAAUAUUCUGGUAGCCUUUUCUCACGCCUCCAAAAGAGAAUAGGAUCAACACCAGAAUGCAAAAAGGCCAUCAAAUUGAUUAACGAUGUGCUUCAGCAUAUACCUACUGAUGCGAACGGACAUCCACCCAAGAAGGCCGUGCUUCUCCGCAAUUUGACGGCAAAAGAGUUCGUCCUUGACGAUAGUAUCGCAUCAAGUUCAAUGAAAUAUAGCUUGGGAGAGGUCCUUGGUACUUUUACCGUCUGGACAGAAGAUGGUUCCGGCACUCAAUCUUUGGAAACUCCUGGGCGAUGGGCUGGCCAUCGGUUUGACAUAGGCUGUUUUGAAGAUGUAGAAGAAGGCUGGAAGGAUGUCAGUGAUGAGGCUGUUCAGAAUCUUGAAGCAGCUGGGCUAUACGGCUAUGGAGUAGGUAGAAGGGCUUGGGAAUAA